CUAAACGGAUACAGAGCUGCCGUUAUUAGUUUUUUUUUUUUUUUUAUCUUCAUCGCUUUAGCUCUUACCUUUUUUCUUUCAGUAACUUUGAGACAACUGAACGUGAACAUGGAAAAAGUUAACAAGGAUCCAGAGGAGACACCGGGACGCUCUGUGUUGCCCGAAAAACAAGAGACAAAGACCAGGCUCUCCACUCAGAAGGUUGAAGAAAACCCUAAUGAGGAGGUCACCGAGCAGUCAAAGAGAGAAGAGGAGCAGGAACGUACAAAGCAUUUUUGUCACAGAUGCGAGCAGCAGGAGAAUGAUAUGAAGGCCAGCCAGGAAACAUAUGAUGAGAUCAUGAGAAGGUGGUUGACACUCGAUGAGGACAAGAUUCCUGCGGAACCACGUGAAGCCCUGAAGAGCCAGCAGCAGUUGUAUGAUACUAUCAUCACAGACAAGAAAAAACGCAUAAACGACCUGCUGCAGGAGUUAGAGAGGAGAGACGAUCACUAUAUGAAGACCUUGAGGAACAACGAGGAGGAGAUUGACCUGCUGGUUGACAGGAUGGUGGAGCAGAUGAGAACUCGGACUAAAGCUUACAGGGAAGAGCUUGGUCAGAUGGAGACGGUUGAUCAGCAGGAAACUGAAGUCUCACUUGCACAAUACAAGGCAGAAUGGAAACAAGAGAUGAAGGAACUUUAUGACAAACAGACAGCAGAGAUGACCGAGUGGAUGGAUAAAGUGGAGAACGAUGCAGAGAAACACAAAGAUCAGCUGUUGAAGGAGACUGACUUAUACAUCCAGAUGCUUCGAGAAGAAACCGAAUCACAACUCGAGGUGCAGAGAGCGCAUCAACAGCUGAAGGCCAUUAACAGGAUAAUAAAGCUACAAGCAAAAACCAUAACGGAUGAGCCUUCAAAGCCUGCAGACAGAAAAACAAACCCUAAAAAAUGAUCAAAUGAGACAACAGAAAGAAUUAGCGCAGAAGAGAGAGAAGUUAUCUGCAGAAUACAAACGCGCCGUCGAUGAGUAUGAACUGCUACAGAAGCGAGCCAAAUACUUUGCAGUUGUUGAUGCCAGAAGAUUUUGGGAGCUCAUGGCUGAAGAAGAGAGGAAAGAACAAGUGGAGAAAACUUUGGCCAUGGACUCGCAGAUCUGCAAGCACCUUGGUAUAGCUCUGCCCUUCAUGGAGCACUCUGGUCCCAUCCAGCCUCAGAAACAGGCCCUGAGGCCCGACCACCAGCAAGAGGAGGGAGAGGUGUCCAUGGAGACAAUAAAGAAAGUGAUGGAGCUGCUGUGUGAUGGAACGGCUAAAAACUUUCAAGAUUCAUCUUUAUGAAUAGCUCCAUUAUUCUGAUGCUUUUCUAGAGCAGGAGUCGUAAAAUUUCUGGUGACCACAAAUAUAUUUAUAACAUAACAAACACAGACACAUUAAAGUCAUAACAUGAGAUGACAUGUUAAAUUGUGAGAUUUAGAGAUGUUGGUUGAAAGAUUUUUCCCCUUUGGACAGAGCCAGGCUGGAAGGGCUUCGUCUUGUUUGUAGUUUUUAUGCUUAAUGGCUGCAGCUUUUAACUCCUUGAUGCCUGAAUUUAUUUACAAUUAAAUUAAAAAAAAACUUUUGCAUAUCUUAUUUUUGCUUUCCAGUUGAUGCUAAAAUAAGUGGAGAUUGUUAAUUUGUCUAUUACACAUAGAACAGAUAUAUAACAAUAAUAACAGAUAUACAAUAAUUAGGUCCCACUCCAACUGGUAUAUGAGAAACCAGUGCUUGCAAAAGGUUCCGAGGCACGUAUUGAAUAUGCACAAGCCAGCAUUUGGGGAAUGGAUAUGCUAUCUCUAAAAGUUUUUUGAACUUGGUGCCAUGUCCAUAUGGUGCUUUUUAUCUACUGAACAUCAGAAUCAUGGCUGAGCAUUUCCACCUUGAAGCUGCACUGCACCAAUGACGGUCUUCAAGAACAUGGAUUCAGACCUCAGGGGUUUUAUACAUAACAACUUUAAGGAACCAAUCCUUUUGACUUCCAGGAUGGGGUUUUCUGAAUUCUUCUUCUUCUUCAGAAUCAAUUCUAGCAUGUAUGUAAAGAGCAGUUUUACAGUGUUGGAGCAGAGUUGUAGGUUAAGUGGUUGGUACAUUGGUGCCGAAUUAAAUCCAAGCCGUUUUAAGGCAGGAAGGGAUUAUUUUCAUGGGAAGAAAUUAGAAGGCUGUUCAAUCUCCAAUAUAAAGUUUGUAUUAGGCGGAAGUAAAUUUUCACUGUUAUUUAAAGUCUCUGUCUAGCCUAAUGAUGGGACAAUUUGCAUUUUAAACAUUCUCUCAUCCAAGGUUGUUUAUUUUGGCCUCACAGUUUAGAAUUAUUUGC